UUCCUUAGUAAGAGAAAAUAGCAGAAAUGCCCCCUCGGUUUCCUGUAUUUUCAACUCGCGCCUUUCCCGUCCGACUCGAGUCGCGCUGCAAUGGCUACUGCGAACUUCGUACGAGUCUCUGCUUACAUUUUGUGGUCUCUUCUCUUUCAACUUUUGAUUCCAUUUUCCGUCGUCUCAGCCGGAGAACUUUCUCUAGCUAUUGCUGAGUCCACUGCACUGCAGCUAUCUCCUAGCUUGAUGGUUGAAAAUUCUCCAGGUACUAAGUUUGGCACUUCAAUGGUCUGUGAAAGGGUUCAAAUUCAUGGAUUGCCGAGGCUCAAAGGUCUGAAGAAGUUUGCUCAUUCAGUGAGGGUAAAGGUUUUGCCAACUAAUUCAACCAUUUGUGCAUCAAAUGUUGAGAUUUGUUUCCAUAGGAACAUGUCUCUCGGGAUAGGGAUGUGUCCUGAAGGCCAGUGGGAGAAACUUACCAAGGGUUUGUGGGUUCGGCCCAUGUCACCUUUUGACCACAAGCUUUUAGAUAUACGGAUGACUGGCUCAUCCUUAGGAACUGUCAAGGUGUCCGUUGAAGAAGAAUUUUACUCAUAUCGCAUAAUAUUUUUGGUCGUGGGAAUACUUAUGAUCAUGUUGGCAUCCUCUUUGAGCAAGUCCCUCGCUUUCUACUAUAGCAGUGCAAUGGCAGUUGGGGUCAUCCUGGUUACAUUGAUGGUCCUUUUUCAGGGGAUGAGGCUACUACCAACUGGUCGAAAAAAUUCACUCGCUAUUUUUUUGUAUUCAUCUUUUGUUGGUUUGGGAUCUUUUCUCCUCCAGUACUUGCCUAGAUUUUUGCGUUCAGUACUUGUGGAGAUAGGAAUUGGCGAAGACAUGUACUAUCCUUUGGCAAUAUUCAUGCUGGCUUUUUUUUUUCUGAUUGGAGCUUGGUUGGGCUUCUGGUUUGUCCGCAAAUUUGUACUUGCAGAAGAUGGAUCAAUUGAUAUAAGCACAGCCCUUUUUGUUGCUUGGUCCAUACGAAUACUGGGUGCAAUUAUGAUUCUUCAGAGUACUCUGGAUCCCCUGUUGGCAGCUGAAGCUUUGCUGUGUGGAAUACUGGUUUCAACAAUGUUGAGGAGACUUACCAGAUUGAGAUUCCUCCGCAGAUUGUAUAGGAGUUUAUUCAAAGGAGCCAAGAGCAGCCGCAGAAGGUCUCAUAUUCCAGAUUCAUCCUUAUUAGAAGAUCCUCAUGAUGAAUAUAUGUACAAGGUUCAAAGGUCCGCAGACAUCAAUUUCCCUAGGCCUCGAUACAGACCUUCUGUCCUGGCUUCAUGCAGUUCUGUUCAAGGUUUGGCCAGGACACCGCCAGCUUCUCAGUCAGAUUCAGGGACAUACUAUUCUACGUUCCACAGUACACCUGAGACAAGGAAAUUCUCAAAGGAUGAGUGGGAGAAGUUCACGAGCGAGUCGACAAAAAAGGCCUUGGAAGGUCUUGUUUCUUCUCCCGACUUCACCAAAUGGGCUGUUUCCAAAGCAGAAAGAAUCACCUUAAGUCCCAGCAGAGAUUCCACAGAUAGGACUCACCAGCGCGGGAGAUGGCUCCUAUGGUUUUAGACAGCUCAUUUUCAUUUCCAAAGCUGAAAGCGCAUCUGCCAGGUGAAAAUUUUGGAAGAAACGGCCAAAGAUUUUGAAAUCUUUGUUGACCCAAUUCCACGGUUUCGCUGAAAUGAAUAUGGCAGCAAUGUUGUUGUAAGAUUACACGUAAGACAUUUCUAAGUUUCUAGGCGUUGAUUGUCCACAUGUUGGCACUCAGUAUCUAUAGGAUUGAGGAAUUCUCCAACUGUGGAUGCUGUAACUUUACAGAGCAGGCUGAUCCCUGGAUUUGGGAAAUUGAAAGGUACUCUGGUUUGGAUUUCAUUUACACCAUUUUCGUUUCUAUGUUUCAGAAGGUGAUGGUUCUGGCCCCAUGUACUAGGGUAUGCAUUUGUUAAUGAUUUUUUCAUUUGAAAA